CAACAUUCCAACCAACACUUGUCAUCCAUUCCCAUAUUUCCGAACCCACAUUCUUUUUAUCGAAGUAAUCAAGAAACCGACCCUUUAGAGAUCGACCAGUUUCGUUUUGACGGCUAGUAUAUAUGGGUGGUGAAAAGUCCGAAUAUAGGUGAUGAAACGAUGGAUUCUUCGUUGUAUUCUCCGAUGCUGUAUGGAUUCGAUAGAGAGCAAGAGAAGUCGGUCAUGGUGUCGGCUUUGGCCCAUGUGGUGGCCGGAGACGAGGCUGUGGGAGGAGGAGGAGGCGGCGACAAUGGCGGUGGCUCGUCACGUUUGAAUGACCUUGAGCAAUAUGGUGAUUUUCACUUGUGGAAUACCAACUCUAUGUCACCUUCAAAUUCACCUGAAGCUGGUUCAAACAUGAAUACUUCAACACAAGCAACAACAGCAGCAAUUUACUCCUACUCUCCAACACCACCGCCUUCAAGUGGCGGUGGAGGAACUUCGAGAAAGUACCGAGGAGUGCGGCAGCGGCCGUGGGGGAAGUGGGCCGCCGAGAUCAGAGAUCCCCACAAAGCAGCCAGAGUGUGGCUGGGCACCUUCGACACCGCGGAGGACGCGGCCAGGGCCUACGACGAGGCGGCCAUCCGUUUCCGAGGCAACAAGGCCAAGCUCAACUUCCCUGAGAAUGUCACCCUCAUCCACCACCCUCAGCCUGCAAUGGCCUACUCAUCACCCUCUGCAUCCCAGCCACAAUUUCUGUGGACUUGUUCCAGUCAUCAGGAUAAUUCAGCCGCUCAUAAAUGACUAGAAUGUCAUGCUCAUCUUUUUUGGUUGAAUUAGUCACUUUACAUUACAUGAAAUAAAUACUGAACUUAUUAUCUAUGAA